AUGGUCGCUGCCGUCGGUAUCGAUCUGGGUACUACCUACUCUUGCGUAGGUGUAUUCCGUGAUGACCGCAUUGAGAUCAUCGCCAAUGACCAGGGUAACCGCACCACUCCCUCGUUCGUCGCUUUCACCGACACCGAGCGAUUGAUCGGAGAUGCCGCCAAGAACCAGGUCGCCAUGAACCCCCACAACACCGUCUUUGACGCCAAGCGUCUGAUCGGUCGCAAGUUCAGCGAUUCCGAGGUUCAGGCCGACAUGAAGCACUUCCCCUUUAAGGUCAUCGACAAGGCUGGCAAGCCCGUCGUCGAGGUCGAGUACAAGGGCGAGAGCAAGACAUUCACACCCGAGGAGAUCUCCUCCAUGAUCCUCAUCAAGAUGAGGGAGACCGCUGAGGCCUACCUUGGUGGCACCGUCAACAACGCUGUCAUCACCGUCCCUGCCUACUUCAACGACUCUCAGCGUCAGGCCACCAAGGACGCCGGUCUCAUCUCGGGCCUCAACGUCCUCCGUAUUAUCAACGAGCCCACCGCCGCUGCCAUUGCCUAUGGUCUCGACAAGAAGACCGAGGGUGAGCGCAACGUCCUCAUCUUCGACUUGGGUGGUGGUACUUUCGAUGUUUCGCUCCUGACCAUCGAGGAGGGUAUCUUCGAGGUCAAGUCCACCGCCGGUGAUACUCACCUGGGUGGUGAGGACUUCGACAACCGUCUCGUUAACCACUUCGUUAACGAAUUCAAAAGAAAGCAUAAGAAAGAUCUGUCCACCAACGCCCGUGCUCUCCGCCGUCUCCGUACUGCUUGCGAGCGUGCCAAGCGUACCCUCUCUUCUUCUGCACAGACUUCCAUUGAGAUCGACUCUCUCUUCGAGGGUAUCGACUUCUACACCUCGAUCACUCGUGCCCGUUUCGAGGAGCUGUGCCAGGAUCUCUUCCGAUCCACCCUCCAGCCCGUCGACCGUGUCUUGGCCGACGCCAAGAUCGACAAGUCCCAGGUCCACGAGAUCGUCCUUGUCGGUGGUUCGACCCGUAUCCCCCGUGUCCAGAAGCUCAUCACCGACUACUUCAACGGAAAGGAGCCCAACAAGUCGAUCAACCCCGAUGAGGCUGUCGCCUACGGUGCUGCCGUCCAGGCUGCUAUCCUCAGCGGUGACACCAGCUCCAAGUCGACCAACGAGAUCCUGCUUCUCGACGUCGCGCCGCUGUCUCUCGGUAUCGAGACUGCUGGUGGUAUGAUGACCAAGCUCAUUCCCCGUAACACCACCAUCCCCACCAAGAAGUCUGAGGUCUUCUCGACCUUCUCCGACAACCAGCCUGGUGUCCUUAUCCAGGUCUACGAGGGUGAGCGUCAGCGCACCAAGGACAACAACCUGAUGGGCAAGUUUGAGCUCACUGGUAUUCCCCCUGCCCCCCGUGGUGUUCCCCAGAUUGAGGUCACCUUCGACCUUGAUGCCAACGGUAUCAUGAACGUCUCUGCCGUUGAGAAGGGUACUGGCAAGUCCAACAAGAUUGUCAUCACCAACGACAAGGGUCGUCUCUCCAAGGAGGAGAUCGAGCGCAUGCUCUCGGAGGCCGAGAAGUAUAAGGAGGAGGAUGAGGCUGAGGGCCGCCGUGUUGCAGCCAAGAACGGCCUUGAGUCUUACGCCUACUCUCUCCGCAACACUCUCCAGGACUCCAAGGUCGAGGAGAAGCUUGAGGCUGGUGACAAGGAGACUCUCACCGCCGAGAUCGACAAGGUCGUUGCUUGGCUCGACGAGAGCCAGCAGGCCAGCCGCGAGGAGUACGAGGAGAAGCAGAAGGAGCUGGAGGGCAUUGCCAACCCCAUCAUGAUGAAGUUCUACGGUGGUGCUGGCGGUGCUGGUGGCAUGCCCGGCGGUAUGCCCGGCGGUCCCGGCGGCUUCCCUGGCGCUGGCGGUGCCGCCCCUGGCGCUGGUGGUGAUGACGGCCCUACCGUCGAGGAGGUUGACUAA